UUCGGAAUCCGACCCUUCUUCGGGUUUACAUCAAACGUAAAAUAUCAUAAGAAUUCACAGGUAGAAAAUUUAUCUGUGAAAGUCAUUAAAAAAUUUGAGAUUAACUAAUAGAUAUUCUUUCAUAAGAAAUCAAUAAUAGUUAUUCGCGUCUUAUAUUUUGUGGGUCAUUAUAACAUAAUAUACUUUAACCACUCGAACUUUGUAUUUGAGAAAAAAUGGCAGCAAGCGACAAGUCUGUCGAUGACUCCCUUUACCCGAUCGCUGUACUAAUCGAUGAGUUGAAAAAUGAGGAUGUCCAGUUACGGUUAAACUCGAUUAAAAAAUUGUCGACAAUAGCACUUGCGCUGGGAGAGGAGCGUACACGUUCUGAGCUAAUUCCAUUUUUGACCGAAACAAUUUAUGACGAAGAUGAAGUACUUUUAGCAUUGGCUGAUCAACUUGGCAAUUUUACAAGUUUGGUAGGUGGGCCAGAAUAUGCCAUGUACUUGAUACCACCCCUUGAGAGCUUAGCAACAGUUGAAGAAACUGUGGUUCGCGACAAAGCAGUAGAAUCCUUACGUACAGUAGCAGCAGAGCAUAGCGCUCAAGAUUUAGAAAUCCAUGUGGUACCAACAUUGCAACGUUUGGUUUCUGGUGACUGGUUCACUUCACGUACUUCGGCCUGUGGACUCUUCUCGGUUUGCUAUCCGAGAGUGUCUCAACCUGUGAAAGCCGAACUGCGUGCAAAUUUCCGUAAGUUGUGUCAGGAUGAAACACCAAUGGUUCGACGUGCUGCUGCAAGCAAAUUGGGUGAAUUCGCUAAAGUGGUGGAAAUAGAAUAUCUGAAGUCAGAUUUGAUUCCGAAUUUUGUGCAAUUAGCACAAGACGAUCAGGACUCCGUUCGUUUGUUGGCAGUAGAAGCCUGUGUUAGCAUUGCCCAAUUGCUACCUCAAGAGGAUGUGGAACAUUUGGUUUUGCCAACACUACGACAGUGUGCUAGCGAUUCUUCUUGGCGUGUGCGGUAUAUGGUUGCUGAAAAAUUUGUUGAAUUGCAAAAGGCCGUUGGCCCGGAAAUAACCCGUGUCGAUUUAGUACCCGCUUUUCAGUAUUUACUAAAGGACGCUGAAGCUGAAGUACGUGCAGCAGUUGCCACAAAGGUAAAGGACUUUUGCGCCAAUCUAGACAAAACCAAUCAAGUUCAGAUUAUUAUGACUUCAAUAUUGCCAUAUGUGCGCGAUUUAGUGUCUGAUCCUAACCCUCACGUAAAAUCAGCCUUGGCAUCGGUUAUUAUGGGGUUAAGUCCUAUGUUGGGCGCAUACAAUACUGUUGAACAUCUUUUACCCUUAUUCCUCACACAACUAAAGGAUGAAUGUCCUGAGGUUAGGUUGAAUAUAAUUUCAAACCUAGACUGUGUUAACGACGUCAUUGGUAUCCAGCAACUCUCGCAGUCGUUAUUGCCAGCUAUUGUGGAACUAGCUGAAGACUCUAAAUGGCGUGUGCGUUUGGCUAUUAUUGAAUAUAUGCCCGCCUUGGCAGGCCAAUUGGGCCAAGAAUUCUUCGAUCAAAAACUUCGUGGCUUAUGUAUGGGAUGGUUGAAUGAUCAUGUGUACGCUAUUCGGGAGGCGGCUACAUUGAAUAUGAAAAAACUAGUUGAGCAGUUUGGUGCCCAAUGGGCCGAACAAGCCAUUAUUCCUAUGAUUUUGGUUAUGUCGCGCAAUAAAAACUACUUGCAUCGUAUGACGUGCCUGUUUUGUCUAAACAUGCUUGCCGAAGUUUGUGGCACAGAUAUCACUACAAAAUUGCUUCUACCAACAGUGCUCCUAUUGGCGACAGAUCCUGUAGCAAAUGUUCGAUUUAAUGUUGCUAAAACUCUACAGAAGAUAUCUCCGUUUCUUGAGGCUAGUGUUAUCGACUCCCAAGUAAAACCAACACUUGAGAAACUAAAUGCUGAUCCUGAUGUUGACGUAAAACAUUUCGCUUCAGAAGCCAUUGCGGGUAUCGCUGCAGAAAUGGAAUUAGACAUUUUUAGAUCGGUUAUCCCGCCAGUUGAGGGCAAAGCGAACUCUGCGUCCUUAAUGGCAAAAUUGGCUGUUCAGCCGCCUCCAGAAAGUAUUACUGAGGAAAAUGCAUUUAACUCGUAAUCACUUAAAAUUCAACAUUUUCAUUUCAACUUUUUUAUCAUUUUUUUAAUUUAGCCGAAGUAAAAAAUGGCAAGGAUUAAAUAUUAAUGGCUCAAAAUGAUCAAUAAAGAACUUAAAACAUCAUCUUCAAGUCAACAAACAUUAAGAGCUGGCUAUUUGAAAAAAUUGCAGAUUAUUACUGUGCAAAGCAAAUGAUAAGAACAUAACAUAAUUUAAGCAUUACAUCAAAUUAAAAGUAGAUACACGGAUUGCACAUGCUCUUGAUUGUUUAAUAUAUAUAAAAAUAAAUCAUCAGUUGUAAGGAGUAGUUCACUCGAGUGCAUACAAUAAUACAAAUAAAAUUAACUAUACCUUGAUGCUA